AUGCAGAAUUAUACAGACACAGCACCAAUGAUCAUCGCCAUAAGCGCGACAUCCCAAAUCCAUCUCAUCAUCGGCACAAACCCGCUGGCCGCAGCUCGCUGUACCAAGAGUCUACAGUCCGGCGCACGACCGAUCGUCAUCGCUCCCGAGACCAGUGAUGUACACUUUUCGCUGAAGGAUUGCAUAGAAAAGGAACAGGUACAAUGGAUACAGAGGGAGUUUCAAGACGAGGAUUUGAAGACGUUGGGGCGGGAAGAGGUUGAUCAUGUUGUUGAUGCGGUUUUUGUUACGAGUGGUGACCAUGAUCUCAGCACACGUAUAUCCCAACUCUGCAAACGAAUGCGCAUCCCAGUCAACGUAACCGAUGCCCCCGAUCUCUGCUCCUUCACAUUACUCUCCACCUACUCCGACGGACCACUACACAUCGGAAUCACCACAUCCGGGCGAGGAUGCAAACUCGCCUCACGCCUCAGACGCGAAAUCUCUUCUUCACUGCCCGCCAAUUUAGGGCAAGCGAUUGAUCGACUGGGUACAUUGAGACGACGGCUAUGGGAAGAAGACCACCAACAACAACAAUCAUCUGAACAAAAACUCGAAGAUGAAGACGAGGAUGUCGUGACUCAAAGCCAUACAUUCAACAAACUGAUUACGCCCGAUGAUGAGCAAACCACAAAGACGAGGAGGAUGAGAUGGUUGGCACAGAUUUGCGAGUAUUGGCCUUUACAACGGUUGGCGUCGAUAUCGGAUUCGGACAUUGAUUCUAUCCUCACGUCGUACUCGCGCGAUCGAUCCAGUGAUUCGGAUCUUGCGGCGGCCGCGAAUGGCGAGGCUGGCAAAAAGAAUGGCAAAAUCGUCCUCGCGGGAUCAGGACCGGGACAUCCCGACAUGCUUACCCGCGCAACCUACAACGCGAUCAAGAACGCUGAUAUAAUCCUGGCCGACAAACUCGUACCGGCGCCGGUACUAGAGCUGAUUCCUCGACGGACAGAAGUGCAUAUUGCACGCAAAUUCCCUGGAAACGCAGACCAAGCACAAGAAGAGUUUCUCCAGAUGGGACUAAAAUCCAUCCGGGAAGGCAAAUACGUCUUGAGACUGAAACAGGGAGAUCCUUAUUUAUACGGCCGCGGCGGCGAGGAAUAUUGCUUCUUCCGGGAGAAGGGAUAUAUCCCUACAGUCUUACCUGGUAUAACGAGUGCUUUGAGUGCGCCGCUCUUUGCUGAUAUUCCAGCUACACAUCGCGGUGUCGCUGAUCAGGUCCUUGUCUGUACUGGCACAGGCCGGAAGGGUGCUGCCCCCGAACCGCCGACUUAUGUCUCCACGCAGACUGUUGUGUUUUUGAUGGCGUUGCAUAGACUGAGCGAUUUGGUGGUUAGCCUGACCUCGACAUCUCCCUCGGAGGAAGCAAGUAAACGAACUCUCUGGCCAAAGAGUACACCCUGUGCUGUCGUGGAGAGGGCUUCAUGUCCAGAUCAAAGAAUCAUCCGCACAACAUUGGAACACGUGUGUCAGGCCGUGGAGUGUGAAGGGUCUAGACCACCCGGUCUCUUGAUUGUGGGCGCAAGUUGCCAUGUCCUGCAUUCACCGGAAGGGCAGAAAUGGAUCGUUGAAGAUGGGUUCAGGGGAUUGGAUGAUCUGGGUGUUGAGGGGGAUUUUCUUAGCGAUGAAUUCAAGAAGCAGGACUAG